AUGUGCGGGAGGUUCGCCCUGGGAGGCGAACGAGAUGCCAUACUCAAUGAUAUCCUAGGCGCUGGGAUAUUUGAGCCAGAUGAAGAUGCGGAAUGGCUUGACCGGGAGGAUUACCAUCCUCGCUACAACAUUGCCCCUCGUUCGAGGGCGCCUGUCAUUCGAAGGAGACAGAAUAUAGACGAGGAUUCCGCCUUGAAUGGCAAUAACCGAGAGCAGUCAUCUUCAGAGGCAGAAAAUUCUGCAACACCCGAGCAUAAACAGACGCGCACUGUUGUUCAGACUAUGCGCUGGGGACUCGUACCUAAAAACGCCAAGACGGACGACUACAAACUUACUGCGAACACCAUCAAUGCGCGAGCAGAGACCAUCCUCGAGAAAGGUCCAGGCAGGGGCACCUGGGGAAACGUUAUCGAAUCGAGACGAUGCAUCAUUCCUUGCGAUGGGUACUACGAGUGGUUGACCAAGGACGCGAAGACGAGGUUGCCUCAUUUUAUCCGUCAUCCUGACAAGACAAAGAAGCUUUACUUCGCUGGAAUGUGGGACAGAAUAAUGUUUCCAAGCGAGAACCCUGACGAGCAAACCAAGCCGUUAUAUACAUUUACUAUUGUCACGAUACCGGCACCGCCAGACAUGGAAUGGCUGCAUGAUCGCUCUCCUCUCAUCUUUUCGCCCACUUCGCCGGAAGACAUGGAGAAACUCAAGGUGUGGCUGAAUCCCGAUAUCCACUGGGAGAAUGGCAUUCGCCAACUUUUGGAAUCAUACUUGCAUCACUCGCUGCCAGAGCCGUACACCAUCUAUCAAGUCCCUAAAGAGGUAGGGAAAGUGGGCGCAGAAUCCAAGAGCUUCACAGAGCCUAUAGCUCAGAGGAAAGACGGCAUCAAGGCCAUGUUUGCCAAGCAACAGCAGAAAUCAAAUUCCCCAGAGUCAUUGCCGUCAAAGAGACCUCGUUCCUCGACUCCUGAGAAGAUGAGCUCGUCUGUCGAAGAUUCUCCAAGGAAAAGAGUAAAGCAAGAGGCUCCUAGCAGUCCGUCAAAGGCCUCGACAUCCACUCCAAAGAAGGCCCCAUCGUCACCACGGAAAAAGGCUAAUAACACUCCGGCAAAAGACCCGAACAUUCGGAGCAUCUCCGAUUUCUUUGCGACAGCAAGCCCGCGCAAAACGCAACCUUAA